AAAAGCUUUUAUCAGUCACGGCGGUGAAAGGUUGGCGUUGGCGAUGAACAGCACAUCCAAGUCGAAAUAACGAAGGAGCAAAGUCUACAUGGUCUUUGCCGGAUCGGCCCAUUGCUGAAGCAAUCAGCCAUUGAAUAUUCGCCUGUUGUGAUUCUAUUCCCCCUUGGAAGACGUUUUGAACUUGGUUCUUCAAAAUGCAUUGCCACCGGUCGCUGUCAGCAGUUCGCCGACUCCACACGAUUCAUGCAAAGAAGCUUUUAUACUGUGAUUAUGGUGAACCUUCGCAGGUUGUGAAGCUUGUCGAAGAAAAGAUUACGCCUCCUCAAAACAAUGAGAUAAUAGUAGAGAUGCUUGGAGCGCCCAUCAACCCUGCUGACAUCAACACCGUCCAGGGAGUUUAUCCAAUCAAGCCCCCUCUCCCAUCUGUCCCAGGUAACGAAGGAGUGGGCCGGGUAUUGUCUGUGGGCAGUGAUGUGAAGAACCUAUCAACGGGUGAUACUGUUGUGCCUCUGGAAGUUGGCUUAGGAACAUGGAGAACGCAUGGAGCGUUUGAUGCCAGUAAAUGGAUGAAAGUUUCUAACAAACUGGGCAUUGCAGAGGCUGCAACCUUGUUAACAAACCCUCCUACUGCGUAUAGAAUGCUGAAAGAUUUUGUAUCUUUGAAGCCGGGCGAUGUUGUUAUUCAGAAUGGUGCCAAUAGUGCGUGUGGCCAGUAUGUGAUACAGCUUUGUAAUGCCUGGAACCUCAUUUCAGUCAAUGUUGUGAGAGACCGACCCAACAUUGCUGAACUCAAAGACUCCUUGACUAAACUUGGAGCUUCUCAUGUUCUUACCGAGGAGGAAUUGAGGUCCACAAGUCUAUUCAAGUCAGGUGGUGUUAAAGCUCCAAAGCUAGCCCUUAACUGUGUAGGGGGUCAAAGUGGUAUGGAAAUUUUAAGGAAGUUGCAGCCAAAAGGAGUGCAUGUCACUUAUGGUGGCAUGUCUCGUCAACCUGUGACAGCCCCUACCUCCGCUCUUAUCUUCAAAGAUGCUCAACUGAGAGGAUUUUGGAUGUCACGCUGGUCAAAAGAAAAUGCAAGUAGUGAUGAACGACAGAAGAUGUUCCAAGAGAUUGUAGACUUGAUGCUGAAAGGGGUUGUGAAGGCACCAGCUCACAAACUGUUGCCUUUCAAAGAGUUUGAAGUACCAUUGAAAAAGACUCUUGACAUGAAAGGUUUCACUGGCCAGAAGUUUAUCUUUACAUUCUGUGACAACGUGUCAUAAGGAAAGUGAUCUAGUGAAGUUUGCAAGGUGCACUUUUAACUAAUAUUUUUGAUUAGGAUGGCUACAGAACUACCUUUUGUUUGUUGCUUUCACUCUUGCUGCUUUCAAUUCCAUUCAGACCUCCAUAUGAAAGUUGAUCCAUUUUAUUAAAUGUUAUAAAGUCUGUUAGAGAAAGAA